CACAAUUCACUCACGGUUGCCAUGUACACAGCAGAUGACCAGAGCGGGUCUCAGACACCGGCAGAUAGCCGCACUGCAGCUGCCCGCACAUUAGCGUCCCUCAUAAUGAGAACCUAUCGAGGAAUGUCAUCAGAAGUGGACGACGAGACUCUCAGAUCAAUACUAUCCAGGCAUCCAGACCUACUCAUGCGGAGGGGCUCAACUAGAGGCUCGGUUUCCACGAGGUGCUCCGACACCGAUUCAGCCUCCCAAGUAGGCCCCGCUGGCAGUAGGUCGUUGGAGGCUACAAGAAGCAAGCCUUCACGUGCAAGCAGCGGCCUACUAGCUCCACCGACGCACGCCAUCAGAAGACGCAGCAGCACCCCCGAUACGAACCACAUUAUGUACGCCAGCGGAGGCUCCAGUACGACACAAUCAGCCGCUGACAAUGUCUCCCUGACCGGAGCAGCAGGGAAGGCUGAAUCUAGAUACAUUGGAGCGUGGGAAAGAAAGAGUAGCGCUGUCACGCUUAUCAGCGAGUCUUCCACAACCGUUCCUGAUGGCAGCAUGCGAGACUCUGUUGCCCGCUCUGCUCCUACCGUACCGUUGUUGGGCUCGCCGAGACUUGACAGGAUCGUGGUCAGCCCAGCGGUCGUUGUUACUGACUCGACCCAAGUUAACGCGGAUACUGCCAGUGAGUGCACUCUCACCGCUAGAAGAGGAAGCACUCUCAGUAUCGUCAGCGAUGGGGAUGAGUCUGCGGGACCUCCGUCUACUGUGGAUCAAUCGGCGCCUUUUCCAGUAGCUGAUAGACGAGGCAGUUUGUUCAGUGUGGAUCCUGCUGAGAUUCUUGGCAUGGUUCGCACGCCCUGCUUCGCCACAUCCCCUUCGGACGCUGAGUUAUUCAAAAACAGAACUCCGACAAUCCCUAGGCACUUACUGACGCCCUACUCUGAAAGAAGUCGAGAUAGGCAGCAGCAGCCAACUCCGAGAUCUCCAGGGCCAUCUCCAUCGAGUGUUGAUGCUGUCGGCUGGAAUAUGUGGAGCCUCACCAAACCAGAAGCGACAGUGAUGCUCCAAACACUCCUAGAGCGCUUCGUGGAAGCUGAUCUAAUUCUCGCGAUGUGACGAAUGCACUGAUAGGCCAGCUGGUGAGAGCUCAUCCAGAGCUAGUGAUACCGCUCAAUGUUACCGAUACAACGCAGUGAGUUUCCGGCAAGGCCGUUCCGGCAACCCGUGAUCGAACUCGUUUUCAUACUGAAGAUAGAGUUGCACUUACCUGGUGCUUGUUUCGGCACCUCUUAAUCUCAAUAUCGUAGUACACAGUACCCCGACAGAACGUUACGUAAGGAUUAGUUAUUUGGACAUUAUUUCUAAUUGCUUCAAUUCCAAGACGAGGCUACUGCAUCAUACUCAUUUCAUUUGUACCUUAUUCUAAUGGUUUGCAGUGACAGCCGAACGAAUGCAUCCUCUGCAGUCUACAAUUACAACGUAGUCGGAAAUUAUUGGAUCUCCGCAGUCUUCGAUCUCAUGCUGUG